CCCUCCCCCGCCUUCGACAAGCACCCCAGCGCUCGCGACGCAAGGCACAGAAGCGCAGUCUGUCUCGGCCGCCGCCGCCGUCGUUUCGUCGCCGCUCGGAAACGCCGAUGCCCAUGAAGACAACAAGGACGACGAGGGCUCCUUCGGCCCCGAGAUCUUCUGCCGCCACUCCCAGGAGGCGGUCGCCCGGCAGGGUCCGCACGCAGGUCGACGCCAUCCACCACUGCUUCUCGUGACGCCACGCCGACCGCGCCUCCAGCGUCCUCGCAGAGCUCGCAAAAAUGGAUGGGUCUACAUGGAGGAUGAACAAGUUCACAGACUUCUCACCAUUCUUGAUGCCGCACCCAUGUGAUUCACAUCUCUGGGAACGCCAUCUCUUCCAUCGUGUGCCUUGGUUGGUUAGUGGAAUUUACCUGGAACUUAUGAUUGACGUCUUUCCUGGGGAGAGUUCCUGGACACCGGAGUCUCCCCCUGGACCUGACUUCCGCCAAAUGGCCAACUACUUGACACCUGAACAAAGGGAUAAAAGUCAGAGGCAUGGGGAUGAUGAUGUCAUGGAUGUUUGGAAAAUGGUAACGACGAGAGUUCUUCAUGCAGUAAGAAACCAGACAGGCUUCAGGGAAGCAACACCAUAAGGAGCGGCCAAGGUGGAAACCUCCAGCUUCUGGCAUUAUUAAGCUCAAUGUGGAUGCUAGCUUCUCGCCAAACAAUAAUGAGGGAGCUACAGGUGUGAUUGUUCGUGAUCAUUGUGGUGCCUUACUACGGGGCCAAGCCAUCUGGUAUGGUCAGACGGCCAAUGUUUUAAUUAUGGAGGCCCUUGCCGUACGUGAUGGUGUGAGACUCGCCUGUGAUAUUGGUCUAUCAAAGGUUAUCGUUGAGUCUGAUGCCCAGGAGGUUGUUAAGUUAUGGAGGGAUAGAAACCAAAUCGUUCUGUCAUAGCUCCGAUACUCCAGGAAAUAGAAGAGCUCAGCAGGAGUUUGCAGUCUUUCCAAUUAAAUUUUGUUGGUCGUGAGGCUAACGAAGGUGCACAUUUGUGUGCUAAGCAGGCAACAUCAACUAGGAGAAGAUGUCUUUGGAUAAAUUAUGUACCACGUUUUUUAGUUGUUUGUCUGCAGAACGAUUGUAAUCCCGUUGUUUAAU